AUGGACAUCGCCAUCCAGUAUCCCUGGUUCCGUCGCUCCUUCUGGCCAUCCUUCUUUCCCAGCCGGAUCUUUGACCAGCACUUUGGGGAUCCCAUCUCUGAGGCCGACAUGAUUCCCUCGCUCUACUACCCACGACCUUCCUUUUUCCGCUGGCCAAGCUGGGUGGACAGCAGCCUUUCUGAAACGAAAAUGGAAAAGGACUGUUUCUCGCUAAAUCUGGAUGUUAAACACUUUAAACCAGAGGAGCUGUCAGUGAAAAUCAACGGAGAUUUCAUUGAAAUUCAUGCCAAACAUGAGGAUCGCCAGGAUGAUCACGGUUUCGUCUCACGAGAGUUUCUAAGAAAAUACCGUGUCCCUGCCGGAGUGGAUCCAGCCUCUGUCACUUCCUCCCUGUCUUCUGAUGGCGUUCUGUCAGUGACGGCCCCGCGCAGGCACACAGACGGCCCGGAGCGCUCCAUUCCCAUCACCCGUGAUGACAAACCCGCCGUGGCUGGGUCUCAGAAGAAGUAAAGCUGCUAGACUUCCAUGUUUCAACUUUAUGUCCCUGUUUCCCCUGUCCCACUGUGCUCCUGCUACAUUACAAGGGAAUAACUUAUUAGCCCGGUGUUUCCUGACAGGCCAAAACGUAGCUUGUCUUUGCCACAGCGGCUAGAGAAGAAACGGUUAUUAGGUUGAAAACUCCAUUAGCGUCAAACGAACUGUAAACACAAUCUCUAAAUGAUGAAUGUUACUUAAAAGAUACACUUUUACAAUAAAGUAUUGUCUUCUGUUGAUGACACCAAACAAAAGGGCUUUUGUAUAUCGUGCAUCCUUGACAGCAAGACAAAGAAUUUGAGUGUAGGAGUAUUUUUCCCUGGCAUUUCUUUUAUAACAAAGACAAACAGGCAAAAAUGGGCCAUUGUAUUAAGCUGGAUCAAAUGGCAAAAGUCUCUCAUUAUUAAUGGUGUGAUUUGCAGGAGAGUCAGAAAACAGGAACACUUUACAAUAAGGUUCUAUUACUGUUACUCAAUGCAUGAACUUACAUUAACAAUGAGCAAUCUAUUUCUUACAACAUUUAUAAUCUUUGUUAACAUUAAUUAAUAACAAAUGUCAUGUUGUGUUAUUUCUCUGGUCCAUUAAAUAUUAUUAACAGAUACAACUUUUGAUGUUGAAAUUAACAUUAACUAAGAUUAAUAAAUGCUUCAUAAGUAUUUUUCAUUGUUAGUUCAUGUUAUAGUUAACUAAUGUUAACAAAUGGGAGCUUGCUGUAAAGUGUUUCUUCUGUUAUUGUGUAUCCGGAGUAUGUUAAAAUGAUUUGUUUGAGAUGUCACAAUGGCUAUUUGGUUUGAAAAAGUAUGUUUAUUUUGAAUUUAAUGAUGGAUUUGGGACCAGAGGACAUGGUGAUGGAAUGUUGAUAUGUUCUUAAAAAGGUUACAGUAAUUAUGUGUUUGAUGCUGAUCUGGUUUUUGAUUGGUUAAUGUCACAUUUAUGCUGUGCUACUUUCGCCACUGUAUUCGCAUGACAAUACCAGGAGCGGGGCUUUAAAACCCAAGGUUAAAGGGGGUUAUGAACCUCUUUCAAGUAAAAAAUAUGAAUAUGUUGCUCAACACAGCUUUAAACGGUUAAUUGUUAAUUCAUGGUUAAGCAGCAUGAAUAGCACGUGCUUAUGUCACGGUGAUACAGUUACAAGAACCGCUGUUACUGCAACAACUAAUGAGAAUGAAAGCAUAUUAAAGCAAGUUUAUUCAUCAAA